GUAGCGUCAAUAUCGUUCUGAAUCACUUUAAUCUGUUCGUUUUCCUUGCUGACAUUUUAACGUAAAUGAAUAAAUUAAUUCUGUCUAGACUCAAUGAAAAACGAAAUACAAAUAACAAACCAAAAAGAAAACACUCACGUCAAUUCUUCAUUUGUUUUGGCCAAUAAUUUAUCCCUGUUCGAAAUGGCAUGAAUCACCUCAUUCCACGAGCUAAUCAAACGUCGAUUGUCCGUUUGAAGUGCAUCCAAAUCGGCAUUUGAACCAAUGAGUUUUGCAUUUAACAUUUCGACUUGUUGUUCAUGUUCGGUCAAUUCCUUGACUAUUUGCUCAGAUCUCAUUUCACAUGACAUUACUUCCAUUUCAAUAUUUAGCAAUAAAAAGUCCAUUUCCCGUUUCUCUUUGCUAAUGCGGUCCUUUUCCUGUUUGUCCUUGUUGAGCACCAGUCUAGAUACUUUUAAAUUGUGUUCCAUUUCCUUUUGCCACUUAUCAAUGGUCUGCUCUAAGGUUUGCAAUUUCUUUAACUCAGCCACCCGGUCGGCAUGUAUACGCUUUGCAUCACGAUGGAAAUUAUGCAGUAGUUUCAAUUCCAUUUUCGAUUGUCGAUUAUCUUCUUCGCAUUUAACACGUUUCUCGAAUGUAUCCGAGAUUCGUUUAUUAUAUGCAUCCAAAUCCUCAUUUUGACGGUCGAUUUUCAGCUGUAAAUCGUAUAAAUUUGAACCAAUUUCCUCACGUUCAUCGUUCAAUACUUGGAUUUGAUUGUCUAUUUCAGCAUUCUCCUUUAUUAAUUGCUCAUUGAUUCGACUUAGAUGCUCUUUUAGUGUGACUUGGAACUUUUCCAACAGCGGAUGGUCAGCAACAAUUGCAUUCACGGGCAAAGUUUCACUCGCAAACGACAUUUUCAAUGCACGUUCAUUCAAUUCGAAAUAAAAUGAAUUUCUUUUAUUCUUUGCAACGGAAAAUAAAAUGAGCGAAUAUUCGAAUCGAAUAAACGACUACUUUGUUGAUUGUUUACUUAAUAUCGAAAAAAUACACACGGCUUAUUAACGGUUGCCUUGGAAUCAUACACUCGACAUAAAUGCACCGGCAUACAAACGUAAACUGAAUCGCUAACGGCAUUUCUGUCGUUCGCCAACUACAUUCUGUGUAUAUGUGUUUGUUUCCAUUUAAUUGACAUAAUGUUUGGAUCGCAUAACCACCAAUUUGACAUGUUACUUCUCAUAAAUAAAUUUCGGUUAUCUUAACAUUUUUUGUUUUUCAAUUUAAACAAAGAACGUCAACAUUGUUUGGAAUAAUAACAAAACGUGGUUUCAAAAAAAAAAUGUUUAUUUUUGUCGCCGGAUCGGCGAUACUUUUCAAGAUAAUGACAACUUGUGUUUAGCUUCCAAUGGACAUGAGUUGAGGAUAUAAUGCAUAUGUCUUUUUUUCAUGUAAAAAAUAAGCUGGAAUGAAUUUUCCCAGGGCUUCGCAACGCAGAAAACAUGUUGACAUUUAAUUCGAAUCGCAAAUAAACAUUUCGUAUUUUAAAUCGGUAUUGGUAUGCCAAUCGAGAGUCACAUUGCAAGUAAGGAUUGACGAAAAAUUGCGUCUGUAUUUUAGCGACAGUUAGGAAAAAAUCCGCAGUUACAUGAACAUUUUAGCAUGCCAUAGCGCGCGCAUUCAGCAUCAGCAUUUCAAAUCGAUCAGACGCUCAGUGGUUACAGUGAUUUUUUUGGGUCUAUAAGUCCACCAAUAUAUUGGAAUUUAUAAACUUGAUUUAGAUUAUUUGAAGAAAUUCGUGAGAUAAAGUAAACAUUUGUGAAAACUAUCAAUCACUACUAUCGUACGUAGAAAGAGUAUUUUGAGAAAACGGAUAAAAACAUUGGAAAAAUGGAAACGGCAGAAGAGCUGGAAUUGGGUGUCAUCAAAGCUCGAGAAAUGCUCAACAGUAAGGGGUUCAAUAUGGUUUUUCUAUGUGUUAAAGAUAAUAAAAAGAUUAACUUUCCAGAUAUCAACGAGUUUUUGAUGACAUCGGAACAACAUUCAUCAGCAAUGCCAACAAUCAAUCUGACAAAAAUUGACGUCGAUGACGAAGAUGGCAAAAUUGACCUUUGUGACGAUGGCAACAUUGAUUUUUGGCGGAAAGAAUUAUCCAUCUCAUUGGAAAGAGCGAUUAAAGCACUUACGGCUCUUAAGCGACUUGGACAUGACUUGAAGAAGCAAACAAAAGGAAAAUCCCAAAUUUUGAAACGUUACACUUACAAAAAAUCUUCGUAAAUAUUCAAAAGGAUCCAUCAGAAAUGUUUACAACACCUUGUCUGUCUAUUGCGAAAAAAGACACAGUACAAAUCAGACUACAAAAAUCGGUUAAAAGCUUUAAUUUUAAUUAAACUCACAAGAUCUUGAUUACAAACAAUAUUUUUACCGUAAACACUAAAAUAGUCUAGAAAAAAAUUCGUUUUAUUCUAGUAUAGAUAUUUUCUAACUUUUUCAACAAAAGAUCAUUUUUCAUCUCAAUUCUUGUCAAUCAAUAACCGUUUCUAGCAAAUCAAUAAACUAUUUUUAAAACAAACUAUAUAUCAAUAGCCAACCAACUAAUCUAUUUUAUCUAGUGAAAUAUCUUGAAGUGUCUUAAAAAAGUUUGGAUCAUACGUGGAUUUUUCAGAGUAAUCAAAAUCAAAUAAUUCGUUACGAAAAAAAUCAACGAUCCCAUUUGCAAAAAGCGUGCGUUGAAACCGUGUAAGAAAAUAAACCAUUUUAAAGUCGAGCACACACGUUUUAUUCUGUUGUGUCAUGUG